UGGGAGGGCUGUCAUUUUGAGCGCCAUUGAGGGUGUUUUUAGCCUCGAAAGAGAGAUCUCUUCAAGGUUUUCAUUUCCGAGUGAAAAUGUCUACUGCAGAGGCUUCGGAUUACGAAAGAGACGUGGUGAAUGAGUUCAAGAUCUCCAAUGAUCUCAAAGAUGAUAUUGUGUACUGCCAGAAAGUCCUGAGGAGCUAUAUAAAAGUGCAUCAGAUUUGCGCUAUUCGUUUGGUUAAAAAUGCCAUGAGCAGGAGCAGUCUUUCGAUUCUGAAGCAGUUAGAGAAUGAUAUCCGGGAUUUGAUGAAGGAUCAAAGGAAGCUGAUUGGGCGCCUAAGGAAGGAUAUUGAGAAACACCAUUCAACUAGUGAAAUGAGUGAUACUCCCUUGGACACAAAUCUCUACAAUGCUUAUCUCUCAAAAAUUCUUUAUUAUCACUUUGAGAGCACUUACAAUACAAUUGAGCCCGUUAAUGUCCAGAGGCGGUUCACGGAUGGCGAAUUGAUCAGGAAGUAUGGACUGGAGAAUUCUUCAUCGAUUCCUCCGUCCCCUCAGAAGAUGCAGAUUUCUCUGUUGAAGCCCAAAAGUGAGAGAAUGUCCUUUAGCAGUGGCACUUCACGAGGAACUCGUCCUCCUCAUAUGAAGGUGAAACGGAAGAAAAUAAAACGCAAUAAAAAUCAAUACUUCCGGGGUGGAAAUGCUGUCAAGAGGAGUCGAAUGAAGCUCUUGGCAGCACUGAAAAAUGCCAAGAGCAUGAGGGAUAAACACAUGACGCCUCCGAGAGGCAUUAAGAAUGACAGUGACUCUGAAUCUUCUCCCAGUAAUUCCCAAUCCUCAGCAGCUCCAUCCGAAGAGGACCACGUCAUAAUGCCAAAUGUAUGCCUGCCACCAGAACCACCAGAGCCAGAUUCAUACAAUCAGGAAUCCUUCCUGCGCUUCUUUGGCCUCUACACGCACUCCUACAAUGAGAUCCUGAAGAAUCGCCGUCCUGAGCGUCGUAAGAGAAAUGUUCAGAGCACCGCACGGACAGACUUUCACUAUGACUACCAUGAUCUAGUGACCAUGAAGACAGGCAGUGUCCGUGGGAGGCGACAAUUGAACUGGAAGGCACAGAGACUGAGCAAUGAGGAGAAGGCAUCAGUGACGUCUACACCACAGAGUCGCUCUUCCACAUCAUCCCCAGUGGAUUCGACUCCUUCGACGCCCACAUGUGUCAUCUGCUGCAGACCAGGGGAGCAUCAGCUCAAGUCCUGCAACUUCUGCACUAAUCUCUUCCACGUCAUCUGUCACGAUCAGGCAUAUGACACGGCUGACUACAGACCAGGCGAAUUUGUCUGCCCCUCUUGCAUGACUCUUCGUAAGCGCAUGAAGUCUGGACAGGGAUCUUCCAGAUAUUAAUUUUUUCUCUCUCCUUUUAGCUGGAGAUGUUAUUCCUUUAACUUUGAUUGCAAAUAAAUAUUUUUUUCUCAUUCGAUUAGGCAUA